AAGUCGGAUCGCAGUUAAAAAGAGACACAAAAAAAACAUAACGCCCCAAAAAAUUUGCUAGCUAUAAUUAUAGAUUCAAAAAGCAGCCUUUUUUUUUCCUUUUUUUUUUUUCAAUUUUCGUUUCUUAUUUUAUUUAUUUGACAAUAAAUAAAUAUUAAAGCCGGCUCAAAUCUCUGGUCAAUCUCUCUCAAUCAAUCUCGUUCACCAACCUCGCUACGCUGCCAUAGAAGAAAUCGAACACCGAGAGAACUCCAUAGCUCCUGCACCACUACCAGCGGUUCAGCUCACAGAGAGCUGAGAGCGCAAUUAGAUUGGAGCUCGAAUUUUGACUGAGAUUUCAGGAUGAGUUCGAAUUCGGAUUUGGUAAGCAUGUUGGAGUCGGCGCUAGGGGUUUCGUUCGGUGGUUCGGUGACGGAUUCGGUGGUGGUGAUCGCGACGACCUCAGUUGCGUUGAUACUUGGGGUUUUGGUGUUGGUGUGGAGGAGAUCGUCGGAUCGGAGCCGUGAGGUGAAGCAGCUGGCGGUGCCCAAGCCGCUGGUGGUGAAGGACGAAGAGGACGAGUUUGAGGUUGCGUCAGGCAAGACUAGGGUCACGAUCUUCUAUGGGACUCAGACUGGUACAGCUGAGGGCUUCGCUAAGGCUUUGGCAGAGGAGAUCAAGGCAAGAUAUGAGAAAGCUGCUGUCAAGGUUCUUGACCUGGAUGAUUACGCUGAGGAUGAUGAUAAAUAUGAAGAAAAACUGAAGAAAGAGACUUUGGCAUUUUUUAUGUUGGCCACUUAUGGAGAUGGCGAGCCAACUGAUAAUGCAGCAAGAUUUUAUAAAUGGUUUACGGAGGGAAAAGAUCGGGGUGGUUGGCUACAACAUCUACAAUAUGGUGUUUUUGCUCUGGGUAACCGACAAUAUGAACAUUUCAAUAAGAUAGGAAAAGUGGUUGAUGAUCAACUUAGUGAAGAAGGUGCAAAGCGUCUCAUUCCUGUUGGCUUAGGUGAUGAUGAUCAAUGCAUUGAGGACGAUUUUUCUGCUUGGAGGGAAUCGUUGUGGCCUGAGUUGGAUCAAAUACUCCGAGAUGAAGAUGAUACAAACUCUGUUGCUACGCCAUAUACAGCUGUGAUUCCAGAAUAUAGGGUUGUUAUUCAUGACUCUACCGUUGUUACCUCUUAUGAGGAUAAUCUUUUGAAUAUGGCAAAUGGCAAUGCUUCGUUCGAUAUCCACCAUCCUUGCAGAGUUAAUGUUGCUGUUCAAAGAGAGCUUCACAAACCUGAGUCUGACCGCUCUUGCAUCCAUCUGGAAUUUGAUGUCUCUGGAACUGGUAUUACAUAUGAAACUGGAGACCAUGUGGGUGUUUAUGCGGAUAAUUGUGUUGAAACGAUUGAAGAAGCUGCAAAGUACUUGGGUCAACCUUUAGAUUUGCUGUUCACCCUUCAUACUGAUAGUGAUGAUGGCACCCCUCUUGGAAGUUCAUUGCCGCCUCCUUUCCCUGGUCCUUGCACACUCCGCACUGCAUUGGCGCACUAUGCUGAUUUAUUGAACCCACCUCGGAAGGCUGCUCUUCUCGCUUUGGCUGCACAUGCAGUUGAACCAAGUGAAGCAGAAAGACUUAAGUUUUUAUCAUCAUCUCAGGGGAAGGAUGAGUACUCAAAAUGGAUUGUUGGAAGUCAGAGAAGUCUUGUUGAGGUAAUGGCUGAGUUCCCAUCAGCUAAGCCUCCACUUGGUGUGUUUUUUGCUGCAGUAGCCCCUCGGUUACAACCUCGUUACUAUUCCAUAUCAUCUUCACCAAGGUUUGCCCCCCAUCGUGUUCAUGUGACCUGUGCUUUAGUUUAUGGUCCGACUCCAACUGGCAGAGUUCACAAAGGAGUGUGUUCCUUCUGGAUGAAGAAUGCAGUGUCUCUAGAGAAAAGUCAUAACAGUAGCUGGGCUCCUAUUUUCAUUAGGCAAUCUAAUUUCAAGCUACCUGCGGAUCCUUCAGUUCCAGUUAUCAUGGUGGGGCCUGGCACUGGCUUCGCACCAUUCCGAGGAUUUCUCCAGGAAAGGAUGGCCUUGAAAAAGGAGGGCGCUCAGUUAGGUCCUGCACUUCUCUUCUUUGGUUGUAGAAAUCGCAGGAUGGAUUUUAUUUAUGAAGAUGAGUUAAAUAAUUUUGUCGACGAAGGUGUGCUGUCAGAGUUAAUUGUUGCAUUCUCACGGGAGGGACCAACAAAGGAGUAUGUCCAACACAAAAUGAUGGAUAGAGCAGCACACAUGUGGGACCUAAUAUCUCAAGGGGGAUACUUUUAUGUAUGUGGUGAUGCCAAAGGUAUGGCUAGAGACGUUCAUCGGACUUUGCAUACGAUUGUGCAGGAGCAGGAAAAGGUGGACUCAACAAAGGCAGAGGCUAUAGUGAAACAACUUCAGAUGGAUGGACGGUAUCUUAGAGAUGUCUGGUGAUAUCGCCUUCCCUUUGGGUUGUUUUGUAUCAUCUUUCAGAACAUUGGAAUUUUAUGUAUAUCUUCAAGGUCAGGCUUCACCUGCUGGAUCUCUGCCCUUCAAAGUUAUAGCAGCAGAUUUGGACAAGACUGUUGGAAACUGAAACCUGGUUUCCCUAAAAGGUUUUAGUAUAUCGGAUCGAUCUCGGUCUGCCAUUAUUAUUUUUUCAUCCUUUUUUUUAAAUAGGUGGGUUAUUUAAUUUUUAGGAAACUACAUGUUAGCUAGUCACAAAGAUCUCAAAACAGAGACAAGAACUGCUGUAGGUUGAUUUGGAUAAUGUUGUAUGAAAUAUUUUAGUGAAUUAUGAUAAUUAAAAUAAAGCUUAAGUUUGUGGCGUGUAUUAA